UUUUUGUUAAGGCCCGACAAUGAGAGGACUUUUGCUAAAUAUUGGGCUCAACCCAAAUGAAAAAAGGGACAGCAGCACCAACUAGCAGCCCAAAAAGAGAAAAAGAUGAGCUGAGUUUUAAUCCCGAGAAAAGGAGCCGCAGGAGCAACUUCUAUUCCAUUCAUUCUCCUUAUCUUCACAAAAACGCAACAGUUAGAAGACCAAGCACCUGCAAUUUUUCUUUUCUGUUCAUUUAGCAACAAGCAGUAGGUAGAAAUUUUUCCUUUCGUUUCUGGUCAAUUAGCCGCAGCAAGCCUCAAGAAUCUGGGAGGGCUCUAAACUUCACUUUUCUUUCAAUUGCUUCCCUUCUAAUUUAGAUUUUGAGCAAGUAUUGUAAGUUUACUCAUCAUUUACAUCAUUAGUUCUUGAAUUUGGAUUGAAUUUCGAAUAUGUUUGUCUCCAAGUAGUAAUUUCAGAUUUUCCAUUAAGUACUCAUAAUCCAGUUUUUAUCUAGCUCCUUAUCAUGCUAAUCAAUAUUAUUGUGAUGUUAAUUUUAAUUAUGAGUAGCUAAUUUCAUAUAGGGUUUGAAUUGGGGCUAGGGUUCAUGGGUUCUUGAGGGUGUGAAUUUAGUUUUUUGAAAUUCAAUUAAUUUUCUGGAACAUUGUAUGAGACUAGUCAUAAUUGUCUAUAUGAAUUUGAUCACCUCAUAUAUGAAUUUCUGGAUUUAAUUCAAUUCUUGUCUAUGAGAAAUUGAGUUAAAUUAGCUCGGAUCUUGUACAAGCAAUUUGAUCUUAGAAAUAAGUUAGGAUUGUGAAAAUAUGAUUUAAUUCUUGUCUAUGAGAAUUUAUUUCAUUUUCUUUCCAGGAGUAAUUGAGAAUUAAUUAACUUAAUUCUAAUCCCGAAAGAACACCCAGAACCCGAACCGUCCAAUUUGAACCCUGUUUUAAUAUUCUGAAUCAAUUUACUUAUUUUUUUCAUCUAUUUAUUUUUGCACUUGCUGUUAGUUAAUUUUUUUAAUCACCCAUAAAAAAGAAAUUAUUCGGAAAGAUUACCAUGACUUGUGCUAGCCUGUGAUCACAGAUUGUAUUUAAAACUUCCUUUUUGCCACUCCUUGAGAGACGAUACUCGUGGUCUGGUUAUUCUUCGGAUUAGCCAACUACGUUUUACUCACUAAAAAAAUACACCGAUCAAAUGGCGCCGUUGCCGGGGAGUGGCACGGUUGUUUGUUAAGUACUUUUCUGUGGAAUAGGUAAAAGCAAGUCGGUGAGACUUUCUAUUUUUUUUCUGUUAUUUGUUUGUCGUUUUUGGUGUUCUUUGCACGUGAACUAAGCUGCAGGAACUAGUGUAUGCGCACUCGCUCCUCGGAGGAACAAGAUUUAAUUGCAGGUUAUUCUGAUCCUGAGCGCUUAUUCCGAGGACGAGCUAAAAGGCGUUUGCUAGAAGACUUGGAGAAAAUGGCCGAUCAGACAACUCUAGAGACGCUGACGCCUAAUUAUGUGGCGAGAAAUAGCAUUGGGGCACCCACCAUUGAGGCCAACAAUUUUGAAAUCAAACCGGCCAUGAUCCAGAUGCUUGCUAAUAAUCCAUUUUGUGGAUACGCCCAUGAAGAUCCAAUGGAGCAUAUUGAGAGCUUUAUUCAGACUUGUGCCACGUUCAAAUAUAACGGGGUAUCCAGCGAGGCAGUGAGGUUGACUUUAUUCCCAUUCUCUUUGAGAGACAAGGCAUCGCGGUGGCUCCGUAGCUUUCCAAACGGGCAUUUUGAUACAUGGGAGAAACUUCAUCAAGCAUUUAUGCAGGAGUAUUUUCCUCCCUCUGCCGCUAUCAAGGUUCAGACAGAAAUUCUCAAUUUCACUCAAGCUCCGACCGAGACAUUCAGUGAAGCAUGGGAUAGGUUGAAGAUGUUAAAAAGGAAAUGCCCUGAAACAUUCAUGAAUGCAGCCACAAUUAUGUGCAGAUUUUAUAAUGGUCUUCGGCUGGAGUAUAUGAGAGAACUAGACCGGGCAGCUCAGGGGGGUAUGUUUCUAAAAUUAUCCCCACAGGCGGAAGAGCAAAUAAUUGAAAACUUGGCUUCAAAUGACAAGUAUUGGUAUGCGGGUAAAGAGAGAGCUCAAAAUCCACCCGGUUUGCUCAAUCUUGAUCCCAUCACUGCACUUACAGCGAAGAUUGAGGGGCUGGUAGUGGAAGUGAAAGACUUGAAGGCGCAGACCUCUCAACAGCAGCAAGUUCAUAAUAUUGGGGCAUAUCAGCCCUCUUAUCCUAUGUAUUCUGCCCCACUUCCUGUUCGAACAAGCUAUCCAAGCCCAACCGGCCAAGAACUCGCUUUAUCUUGCGAGAUGUGCAUGGGAGCUCACCUCACUCACACAUGUCCUCUUUAUGUUCAUAAUCAGGCAUCACCAGUGGUCCAGAAUGUUAAUUUCAUGGACUAUGGUCAAGGCCAGAGAGGAGGUGGACAAUUUUUCAACAAUCAAAGUCAGAGGGGAAACUUUCAGCAAGGAGGAGGCUCAUGGAGACCUGAAAAUCAGAAUCAAGGGCAGCGGAAUGCCCCUAAUUUUCAAGCAAAUUUCCAGAAUAGAGGCCAUCCAAACCAGCCCGCUUAUGUCCCGCCUCAUCAAAGACAGCUUGAGCAGCCUCCUGUAAAUGCAGCGCUAGAGAAAACAGUGGCUGAAUUAGCCAAAAACCAAGCAGAGAUGCACCAGCGUUUUAGCAACCUUGAAGCUCUUAUCCGCCAGCUUGGCUCAAGUGUUUCAAGAGACCCGGGCAGCCUUCCGAGUUCAACAGAACCCAAUCCAAGGGAGCAAGUGCAGGCCGUUACGCUACGAAGCGGGAGAACACUUCCAGAAGUUUCUACUCCGCCAAUGCCUCAACAAGAUGAUGACCAGCAGCUUCAAGGCCCCAAAUCCCAUGUUGAAGAACCAGUGGCUACCCCUAUUCCAGCCAAGAGUGAAGAAGUCCAGAAUGAAGAAGCUCAGAAGAAAAAGGAGAGUAAGAAGACUCCACCCCUUCCGUUCCCUACACGGGUGAAGAGAAACAACGAUAACACGAACUUGAUCAGAUUCAUGGAGCAUCUGAAGCAGCUCCAUAUCAAUAUGCCAUUCAUGGAAGCAUUGACAGAGAUGCCGAGGUACGCGAAGUUUCUAAAGGACCUCCUCAUGAAAAAGAGGAGGUGGGAAGAGCCCGAAGUUGUGGAUCUCAAUGCAGAAUGUUCAGCAGUUGUUCUGAAGACCAUGCCUCCGAAACGAAAAGAUCCAGGGAGUUUUCUUGUACCUUGUUCUAUUGGAAAUUUUAAGUUUAAUAAUGCUUUAGCUGAUCUGGGAGCGAGCAUCAAUUUGAUGCCUUCCUCUGUGGUCAUGAAACUUGGCUUGGGUGAACUUAAGCCCACUCGUAUGAGCCUCCAGCUAGCGGACCGAUCGGUGAAAUACCCGAAAGGAAUUCUAGAGGAUGUAUUAGUACGAGUGGACAAGUUCAUAUUCCCUGUCGAUUUUGUGGUCAUGGACAUGGAGGAAGAUCGUGAGACGCCACUUAUUUUAGGGAGGCCCUUUCUGGCUACUGCUAGGGCCCUUGUUGAUGUUGCUGAUGGUUCACUUUCUCUGAGAGUUGGAGAUGAUGUGUGUACUUUCAAACUCUCAGAGGUGACGGGUAAGGCCUCAGACCCCACUGAAUCAUGCAAUUAUGUUGAUAUGUUUGAGUCAGUGGAGGGGUAUUUGUUUGGAGGCGAUAGUGAUAUUACCCCACCAGAUAGUGACAUUCAUUAUAUGGGGGAUGUUGUUGCCAGAAAUGAAGAAGAAAUGACUGUUGAUUGCGAGCAGGUGAUUAGGGAUGAUGUUUUCCCUGAGUUGCUUACUGAGUUUGAGGAGCAGUCCACUGAUAAGGUUACUCCUAAACUCAAACCGCUCCCUAGUCACCUGGAGUAUGCGUUUUUGGACACAGAGGGCCAGCACCCUGUUAUUAUUUCAGCUCAGUUAGAGUCGGGACAAAAGGAAAAAUUGGUGACAUUUAUGCGUUGUUAUGAUAGCUAUCUUUAAAAAGUUUAUUGGUGACUUUAAGGAGGUUCUAAGCCUUGAGCCAGGUUAGGAAUGAGAAUCUUUGUCAAGCUAGUGACGUUAAAGAAGCGCUUUUGGGAGGCAACCCACUAAAAAAAAAAUUAACAAAAAAAAAAUAGAAUUAAGAGUUUAUUAUUUCUUGUUUUUGCAUUUUUUCCCCUUUGUUUUUGUGAUUUCGUCUUGUGGUUUUGUGGUUGGAUUUCUUUGUUGAAUUGUAGGUGCUGCAUGGUGAUCAUUGACUGGUCUUGAUGAAGAAACGUUCUGUGUUGAUGGGGCUAUUCAGCUGCUGCAGUUUCACAUCAGGUCAUUGAGCUGAAUUCGUAUUCAAGACCUGCACUUGCUCAAAAAGUGAAGAUUUUGACAGACUGAGGGAGAUUCUUGAUGACGCCACAUGCUGAUUUUUUUAGGACUAGAGCAGCUGGCCUUUGAGGUGCAGAUGGAGGAGUUCCAGUAGCUCUCUUUCGGACGGAAAGCAAAAUUCGUACUUAGUACUUCUGGGAACAACAUUUUGCACAGGAGACAUAGAGUUUCAAGCUCCUUUUAGCUUGAAAAGACACGGGACCAGAUCUGUUUAGCGGGUUCUUCACUUCCUCAUGAGGAGUAAACCUCCAUGGUAGCAGCCAGAACGCGAGCUAACCCACCGGGCAGCAGUUCACACAUCAAGUUAGGUCGUGGGUCACUACCUUGACCUGUCUUCUUCUCCCACGAAUGAACUGGCCAGCCUCAGUAAGUAUUAUUGCAGCAUUCCAGUGGCAGGAUUCAGCGGCCUCUACACGUCUAGGAGAGUCAUUCCAGUUCGAUGAUCAUAGUUUUAGGCACACUACCAGAUUUUCCACCACAGGAGAUCGAGGAAGCAUCAAAUGCAGAGUCUUAAAGUUAUUCUGUGUUGACAUAUCACCACCAGAGACCGAGGAGCUAGUUGAUGCGGAGAUAUGAAGUAUUCUGGAGGUUAUUCACCAUCGUUUGGCUUGUACGGUAAUCUGCCAACUUUUACUACGCUGCUAAUAAUGUGUGUUUACUCUCAUAUUACUCCUUUGUUGAAUUGUGUUGAUUAUUAUUCUGAUUAUGAUGUGCUGCCGGGCUGAAAAUCAUUUUAUUCUUAAACUUGCCCCUGUUAUUUCUGUUUUGAUCUUUUCUUUGACCUCGAGGGCGAUGUCACCCCUAAGUGUGGGGAGGUUUGCUUGUAGCUUGGACAUGACAUUUGGUGAUGAAGUUAUUCUGCCCAAAAACAUUUUGAGGUGCACGAGGUUUUUUCUGGUUUAGCAACGCAACAGAGGUAACUUGUUAAUCUUUAUUUUCUUUUGUAAACUUCCAUCUCCUCCAUCUUUCUUGGAAAGAAUUAGUAAUGGUGUAAACAUCGGGGUGGUGUGUAUGUUCGUGGGAAAUGUUGGCAUGUUGGAUGGUUUGAUUUGUGUUGAUUAAAUUCGGUUUUACUCGUGAUUCACUAGUUCGCAUUGAUAAUUCCUUGACUGGCCAAGUGUUGAAAAUCCUUACUCCGUAAGGAGCUCUGCUUUCUAAGCAUAUCGGGAUAACUUCAUGCUAAGCAAGUAACUGAUUCUUGUAAUGGGGUUACACUUCAUGUGUCGAGAAUUUCAUCCCUGAAAUGGGGCUCUGCUCAUCUCGCGAAUCACCCUGUGUGAGAGUUGAGUACACAGUAAUGAGAUAAACUCCCAGACCCUAGAGCUUGAAUCAGUCUUGUAAUCCAGAACCUGGUCAACUUUUCUUAUUAAAAAAAAAACAGAAUCACGAGUAUACCGGUUUUUAUCACACAAUUCUUGGGUUUUUGGAAUAAUUUAUGGUUUGGAUUUUACACACCUACACCAUUGGGACCAUCAUGCUUUUCUUUACAUUUUAGUCGGUUGGAGAGGAAUUUUACUUUUGAAAAUAUUGUUUAACAUGUAAAUCUUAGUUUUGUUGUUAAAGAAGAAAAGCCCUUGUGCAGUCAUUUGUUUUGGGUGUGAAUGAUUUCUGAACCAGGUGUUACAUGUGAUUAUUUUGUUUUCCGUGAGUUUAAUGCACUGUUGCUUGGGGGCAAGCAACGCUCAAGUGUGGGGAGAUUUGAUAGGCCCGUUCCGUUCCUAUCUUUUCACCCAUAUUUUGGGUGUUAAUUGUCUAAUUUUUAUAAUUAAUCGGGUGACUAUUGGGGGUUUGAUUGAAAAUUUGUUAUUUUUCGGUCCCGGUGGCAUUCAUUUUCAGUUUAGUAGUUUUCCACACAAUUUGACAUUUUUGGAGUAAUUUGAUUGUUAAAUUGCAUGUUAUUAGCGAGUAUAGUGAGUUGUGACUUUACAGACUGAAGUUUGCGGUGAAUAACACAUUUUUGUUAAGGCCCGACAAUGAGAGGACUUUUGCUAAAUAUUGGGCUCAACCCAAAUGAAAAAAGGGACAGCAGCACCAACUAGCAGCCCAAAAAGAGAAAAAGAUGAGCUGAGUUUUAAUCCCGAGAAAAGGAGCCGCAGGAGCAACUUCUAUUCCAUUCAUUCUCCUUAUCUUCACAAAAACGCAACAGUUAGAAGACCAAGCACCUGCAAUUUUUCUUUUCUGUUCAUUUAGCAACAAGCAGUAGGUAGAAAUUUUUCCUUUCGUUUCUGGUCAAUUAGCCGCAGCAAGCCUCAAGAAUCUGGGAGGGCUCUAAACUUCACUUUUCUUUCAAUUGCUUCCCUUCUAAUUUAGAUUUUGAGCAAGUAUUGUAAGUUUACUCAUCAUUUACAUCAUUAGUUCUUGAAUUUGGAUUGAAUUUCGAAUAUGUUUGUCUCCAAGUAGUAAUUUCAGAUUUUCCAUUAAGUACUCAUAAUCCAGUUUUUAUCUAGCUCCUUAUCAUGCUAAUCAAUAUUAUUGUGAUGUUAAUUUUAAUUAUGAGUAGCUAAUUUCAUAUAGGGUUUGAAUUGGGGCUAGGGUUCAUGGGUUCUUGAGGGUGUGAAUUUAGUUUUUUGAAAUUCAAUUAAUUUUCUGGAACAUUGUAUGAGACUAGUCAUAAUUGUCUAUAUGAAUUUGAUCACCUCAUAUAUGAAUUUCUGGAUUUAAUUCAAUUCUUGUCUAUGAGAAAUUGAGUUAAAUUAGCUCGGAUCUUGUACAAGCAAUUUGAUCUUAGAAAUAAGUUAGGAUUGUGAAAAUAUGAUUUAAUUCUUGUCUAUGAGAAUUUAUUUCAUUUUCUUUCCAGGAGUAAUUGAGAAUUAAUUAACUUAAUUCUAAUCCCGAAAGAACACCCAGAACCCGAACCGUCCAAUUUGAACCCUGUUUUAAUAUUCUGAAUCAAUUUACUUAUUUUUUUCAUCUAUUUAUUUUUGCACUUGCUGUUAGUUAAUUUUUUUAAUCACCCAUAAAAAAGAAAUUAUUCGGAAAGAUUACCAUGACUUGUGCUAGCCUGUGAUCACAGAUUGUAUUUAAAACUUCCUUUUUGCCACUCCUUGAGAGACGAUACUCGUGGUCUGGUUAUUCUUCGGAUUAGCCAACUACGUUUUACUCACUAA